ACCGCGACCAGCAGGCCCCGCGACCAGCAGGCACCGCGACCAGCAGGCCCCGCGACCUUCUAGACAGCCUUUGCACCAGCACCUUCUAGACAGCCUUUGCGCCGCCUCCGCCCUCCCCGCCUGCGCGCCCGCCCUCGCUGCUGUCGCCAGAAUGUGCAAACACGUCCUCAACGCGCAGGUCUCGAUCCGCUCGCCAUGCUGCAAGAAGUGGUUCGACUGCGCCGAGUGCCACCAGGAGACGGCCACCCACGCCCUGCUGCAGAGCUUCGAGAUGGUCUUCAUCUGCAAAAAGUGCAAAAAGGCCUUCCGCAAGGACGCCCGCGAGUUUGAGGACAGCGACGAGUACUGUCCGCACUGCGACAACCACUUCGUCCUCAAUGCCCUCACCCCCAAGGCCAGCCUGAACGUCGAGGGCGAGGAUGCCCGCGUCGACAACCGCAUGAUCAAGGACGAGAGGCAGAGGCAAAAGGACCAGCGCACCAUCUUCGACGUCGAGGAUGCCGCCAACAGGCUGGGUUGACCUGGGGGCACACCAAAGGCAUCAAAAGCGCCAUGCAGCGCGACACAACACCCCACGUCACACGACAGCGCCGAGUCGAGAACGACCGACGCUGUGGAGGAGGAGGAGGACAUGUGCUAUAUAUGCCGUUCAUCGAGUGCUGUAUGCCGUUCAUCGAGUGCUGUAUGCUGUUCAUCGAGUGCUGUAUGCUGUUCAUCGAGUGCUGUAUGCCAUUCAUUUGCUAGCAACAUGCCUUUCAAUUCCUAGAAACAUGCCAUUCAUUUGCUAGCAACAUGCCUCUCAUUUCCUAGAAACAUGCCUCUCAUUUCCUAGAAA